UUUAGAAAAAGUUUUAUAUUGAUAUAUAAAAGUAAAUGAUAGUCAACUCAAAUGCUCACAGAUAUGGAAUAAAGUAUAGACAGAGAACAAACAAACAAAGGGAGAACUUCCAACGAUCAGCCAGUGGACUUGGGGUACGGUUAUAAGGUCACAAUGUGUUUGUGAUGUAUGAUGUUGUGGAGUACAAUUGGUGAUUACCAUACUCCUAAUAAUACCAUCCCAGGAACAAACAACAGAUUAUACUUAUACUAAUAUAUAAACUAACAGGUGUUCGAACCAGUAGGAUACUCAUAGACUUGUCAAAAUGCUUCAAAUUGCGCCAUCUGCUGAUGAGAUGGAGCAAAGUAAACAUAUCGAUUCUCUCUCAAACGAAAACUCUAAGAUUGAUCUUACAUAUAUCGCUCAAUCAUGUCAUAAACUGCUUUCCCAAUAUCAAUGGCUUACCAAUGCCUAUAUGUCAGAUUUUUUUACAAAUGAUUUAUGGGAUGAAUUGAACCCCAAAUGGAGCAAGGUUCUGAAUGACAGAGAUCCAAAAGAACUUACUUGUUUCAUCAACAAUACCUUCAUGGAAUGUGAUCCUAGAAAAAAAGAUAUAUGGCCGUUGUCUUUGCUAUCAUUCAAAGCUGCUACCCAGUGUUACUCAUUACCAAGGACUCCAAUCAAAACUGAAUCCUUAUUCAACAAUUCACAAACAAAUGAUCCCAAUGGACUAAGCAAAAAUGACAAAGAGGAAAAGGGUGCUAUUCUUAAUGGCCAAUAUCUUAAGUUAGAGCACAGCUUCAGGCGUCAUGUAAAACCAAAGAAACAACAUGAGAUACAUCGCUUAUCUAAGCUCAUUCAUAACAUUUGUAAAUCGGUAGACUGCGACAAUGUUGUAGAUGUGGGAGCAGGUCAAGGUCACUUGUCAAGACUGCUUACAUUUGGAUAUGGGCUCAAGGUCACUACUGUGGAAUCUGCUUCCUCACAUGCUCCUAAAGCUCAACAAUUUGAUAAAGAAGUACAACAAGAUAUAAAAAAGAAAAAUGGUAAAAUAUCAAAUAAGAAUGAUCAGGAUGUCUGCAAUGACCAACAAAAUGAUCUACCUAAUCAUAUUGUUCAUUAUAUAGAGCCAUCUGUUGAUCCCAGUAGUUUCGCAAAGUCAUUAAAUCUAGACUCAUCUGGUCAUUUUGUACUAACAGGCUUACACUCCUGUGGGGAUCUGAUUCCAACAAUGUUGCGAUUAUUUGUGAAUUGUCCCAGCGCAAAGGCUAUUGCUGUCGUAGGUUGCUGUUACAUGAAAAUGACCCUAAGCUCUGAUGUUGGCUUCCCACUCAGUAGCUAUGUUAAAAGAUUGAAUCCAGUAUUGACAUGGGAAACUGCAGAAUUGGCAUGCCAUUCCAUAGAUUCUUAUGCAGCACAAUUAAAAGAUGGCACUGGCGAUGUGAAAUUCCAGAGCUACAGAGCUGUAUUGCAGACAAUUAUUGAAAAACGAAACCCAGAUGCAACUGCAAAACUUCGAUGUACAAAAAACAAGUCAUUUAAGAAAAAUAAAAACCUAGUGAACUACAUCACAUCAAGAUUGGAACAUUUAGGUCUGGAUGCCAAUCUCACAGAUUCUGAUCUUGAAACUGUGGAAUCUUUGUCUGCAAAAUGGAGAAACUAUGGUGCAUUUAACAUGCUACGUCUCUCACUUGGACCUGUUGUGGAAACCUUCAUACUUAUUGACAGGGUACUGUUCCUGAAGGAACAUGGACUUCAGUGUCAUAUUAUUCCCCUCUUUGACUCUCAACUUUCGCCAAGAAACCUUGCCUUGGUAGCUUAUAAGUAACAGAACUGAUAUCAUAAAAACAUUCAGUUUCUUUCAUACAUGUCACAUUGAAAUGGAAAUGCAUGGUUGGUUGAUAUUCAUGGUAAUGACAUUAUUGGGGAAA